AUGAAGCAGGAAAACAGCACAAAUUUCCAGGAAUUCAUCCUCUUGGGAUUCCCGACAAUUAUGGAGCUUCAGAUGUUGCUCUUUGUGAUAUUCCUAGUGGCCUACAUGCUGACAAUCUUGGCAAAUAUACUCAUCAUUAUCCUGAUAAAGAUGAACUGUAACCUUCACAAGCCCAUGUAUUUCUUUCUCAGCAACCUCUCCUUCUUGGAGGCUUGGUACAUCUCAGUCACUGUCCCCAGGCUGCUCCUGAAUUUUCUGGUUGAAAGCAAGAACAUAUCUUUUGUAGGCUGCAUGACUCAGCUUUACUUCUUCAGCUCCCUUAUUUGCACUGAGUGUGUCCUUCUUGCAGUCAUGGCCUAUGAUCGUUAUGUGGCCAUCUGCAACCCCCUGCGCUAUCUGGUUAUCAUGAACCACCGACUCUGCAUGCAACUAGCUAUAUGCUCCUGGCUCACUGGCUUCCUGGCCUCCAUGCUGAAAAUAUUUUUCAUCUCUCGGCUGUCUUUCUGUGGUUCUAAUGUCAUCAACCACUUCUUCUGUGACAUCAGCCCCUUGCUGAAUAUGUCAUGUGCUGACAUGACAGUGGCUGAAAUAGUAGAUUUCAUUCUGGCCUUGCUUAUCUUGCUGAUUCCGCUCUCUGUCACUAUCAUCUCCUAUAUAUACAUCAUCAGCACCAUCCUGCACAUUCCCACAAUCGAGGGCAGGAAGAAAGCCUUCUCCACCUGUGUUUCUCACCUCACUGUUGUCACUGUCUUCUUUUCAGCCACUUUGUUCAUGUACGCACGGCCCAAGAGAAUCCACCCUUUUGACUUAAACAAGCUGGUAUCAAUUGUGUACAGUAUUGCAACUCCCAUGCUCAAUCCCUUCAUUUAUUGUCUGAGGAACCGGGAGGUUAAAGGAGCUUUGAAAAAAAUUUUCAGUGUUACACAGACUGUCUUCAAGGUCCCUCAGUCCAUCACUGUUCUCCAUUAA